AUGGGUGGAACUGUCGAAGAUGUUCAGAAAAUGUAUAUUUCUUACAAUAAUAUCCACAAAUGCUGUCAAAGAGUGGCUGCUGGCAUCAUGGCCAAAGGAGAGAGACCAGAUGUCAUUAUCGCCAUUACAGGUGGGGGAAUGAUCCCCGCCAGAAUCAUUAGAUCGUUUUUGAAGAGCCGCGGUCAAAAGAACAUCCCCAUCCAGGCCAUCGGACUGUCCCUGUACGAAGACAUGGGCCUCGACGACCAGGUUGAGUCGAUCGGAAAAGAGGUCAUCAGAACGCAAUGGCUCGACUUUGGCUCUCUGGAACAACAUUUUGAUUCCCUCAUUGGUAAACGGGUGCUUAUUGUCGACGAAGUCGACGACACCAGAACUACUCUCCACUACGCGGUUACUGAGUUGGAACAAGAGGUGAGAAGUCAACAAAUUAAAUUAAACAGAAUCGAGGAGAAGACCAUUUUCUCUAUUUUCGUGCUUCACAACAAAGAUAAACCCAAGAAGGCGUCCUUGCCUGAGGAGAUGAUGAGCGAGGAUCGUUACCUGGCGGCGGAGACGGUUCCUGAUGUAUGGCUGUGCUAUCCAUGGGAGGCCAUGGACAUUGAAGAGCACACCGAGCUUGCCAUCAAACAGGGGAAUAACUGA